GGGCGGGGCCGUGGACGCCAUUGCGCUGCUACGGGCUGGCGGCGAUCUUGGGCGUACAGGCUCUCGCCUUGUCUUCUGGCCCUUCCCCGUCCAGUUCUCCGGCCCGGCCCCCGGCCCGUCCCCGACCCGGUUGCCGACCCGUCCCCGCGCCGCUGCGCGCGGCCCGCUGGGCGGGGUUCCGGGGAUGAGGCGGCGGCGGCGGAGACCGGAGAUGAUGCUCAGCCGCUGAGGAGACGCGGCGCCCGGAGUGCGGCGCGACCCGCGAGAUGGCUCAGCCGGCCGGCCCGGAGGGCGGCGAAGGGCCUCCGGACCCCGUGGCGGCCGCGGGCCCGCAGGACGCGCUGAGCCUGGAGGAGAUCCUGCGGCUCUACAAUCAGCCCAUCAACGAGGAACAGGCGUGGGCCGUGUGCUACCAGUGCUGCGGCUCCCUACGCGCCGUGGACGCCGGCCGCCUCCAGCUCCGGCGCCGGGUGCGCUCAGCCGCGCAGAUCCGCGUGUGGAGGGACGGCGCCGUUACCCUGGCGCCCACCGCCGGCGACGCGGGAGAGCCGGCCCCCGCCGCGGAUAAAUUGGAGUAUUCACAUUGUACAGAAACAGAGGUUAUCGAAUCUUUGGGAAUUAUUAUUUAUAAGGCACUGGACUAUGGCUUGAAGGAGAAUGAAGAAAGAGAGUUAAGCCCUCCGCUGGAGCAGCUUAUCGAUCGCAUGGCCAACACGGUAGAGCCUGAUGGCAGCAAUGAUGAGGGCUACGAGGCUGCAGAGGAAGGUCUGGAGGAGGAGGAAGAUGAAAAGAGAAAAAUCUCCGUGAUCCGGUCCUAUAGAGAUGUCAUGAAGUUAUGUGCUGCUCAUCUCCCAACUGCAUCAGAGGCGCCAAAUCACUAUCAGGCAGUAUGUCGUGCACUGUUUGCAGAGACAAUGGAGCUGCACACAUUUCUGGCUAAAAUUAAGAGUGCAAAGGAGAAUCUGAAGAAGAUUCAAGAGAUGGAGAAGAGUGAUGAAUCUAACACAGACCUGGAGGAGCUGAAAAACGCUGACUGGGCUCGAUUCUGGGUGCAGGUGAUGAGGGAUUUGCGGAAUGGAGUAAAACUCAAGAAGGUCCAAGAGCGGCAGUACAACCCUCUGCCCAUCGAGUAUCAGCUCACCCCUUACGAGAUGCUAAUGGAUGACAUUCGAUCCAAAAGAUACACUUUGCGAAAAGUAAUGGUGAAUGGUGAUAUUCCGCCUCGAUUAAAAAAAAGUGCUCAUGAAAUUAUCCUGGACUUCAUCAGGUCAAGACCUCCUUUAAAUCCAGCCUCAGCCAGAAAACUGAAGCCUACUCCACCGCGGCCACGGAGCCUCCAUGAAAGGAUCCUGGAAGAAAUCAAAGCGGAAAGGAAGCUGCGGCCCGUGUCACCCGAGGAGACCAGACGCGGCAGGUUAGAGGUGACCAGCCCUGAAUCUCCAAUGAGUGUUGUGGAGCCAUCGAUGGUGAGUGGAGGGUUAACGUCACAGUCAAGACAGAAAGGGGCGGGUGCCACACAGCAGGUGCCUGCGCAGAGGAAGAAGCUCCUCAAAGCCCCCACCCUGGCUGAGCUGGACAGCUCCGACUCGGAGGAAGAAACUCUGCCCAGGUCUGCCAGCAGCAGCAGUGCAUCUCCCUCCUUCCCUGAAGAUCCCUUUCUGGAGCCUGUGUCCAUGAGGAAGAACCCUCCAAAGUUCUUGCCCAUAUCCUCCACACCCCAGCCAGAACGACGGCAGCCACCCCAGAGACGGCAUUCCAUUGAAAAGGAAACGCCCACCAACGUGAGGCAAUUCCUGCCGGCGUCCAGGCAAAGCUCCCGGUCUCUCGUUCCUAGGAUAACCAGAGCAUGGCCAACGACGCCUUUCCGACCACUUUUUUCUACCCUACAAACAGCUUCUCUGCUCGGCUCUCACCCUUUGGAGGCAGCCAUGUUGGGGGUAGCAGGGGCUAUGUAUUAUCUGUGUGAGAGAGCUUUUACCAGCAGGUGGAAAUCCGCAAAGGUUGGCCUCUUUCUGCUGGUUCUGGGAGUUACUUUCCUCUCUGUCUCUCUGGCAGUGACCCCUCAACUACUGCACUCUGCAAAAAUUAACAGCUUAGAUGGACACUCUGCUUCUGACCAUUGAUUCCAAUCUUUGGUAGAUGUGUAGAUCACACCAUGAUCUCAAUUGAUGGGACAAUAGUGAAAGGACAACAAACUCAGAAUGCAGCAGCAUUAGUGCAACACCCCCCCAUCCCCCCCACCCUCACAACCCAGGGCUGCCCCACCCUCAGAAGAGCCAUUGCCCACACACUCAGCUGCCCGGCCCGGGAGCCCCAGGGCCUCUUUCUUCUCCAGCACCUUUAAAGCUUGUUGUGAUGCUCUGGAUGUUAUGUGGCUGUUAUGAAAAUCCACUAUGCUUCUCUGUAGAGAGAAAUUAGAAGUUUUCUUUUUAUUGAUGUGAUUAUUUAAAAUAUUUUAAAUCUCAUUUUGUAUUGUUUUUGAGAUUUUCAUACAUAAUACAUUUUUUAAAGAAAGUAUAAUAAUUUCCAAACCUCAGUGGUAUAAAAAGCCUCGGACUGUAUUGAGGCUUCCCCUGCCCCCAGUGUGACCUGGGCUGCUGACCUGCUGACCAGUGUUGGCAGCCGCCUAGCCUGGCUCUUCACAGCCCUCUGUUUACCAGACCUGUUCUGGACAAGUGAACCAGCAACUGGUUACUUUGUUAUUCUUUAUGACCCAUGUUGGUUUAGAAAAGAGACUUUGGAUGUAAAUGAGGUACAACAGAUCCCUUUCUCUGUUUAUUUGUCAUGAAAUACAGGGUAAAUCUCUUCGUUUUUUCAUUUUAGAUCUGGCCAUGUGAGCACAUGGUCAGAUGUGGGGGUGGCAUUUAAUCCUGUCCCUCCUGCUGCUGUUUCUGAAAAUCUGCUGACAUUUUAUUUUUAUUUUCAACCCUCCUCAAACAGUCUGUCUAGUAAGUCUACAUAUGACUUUAGACAGAGAAUUCAUCUUGAAUUUUAAAGGUGAACUUGAAAAAAGAAAAGAGUAAUUAAUGUUUGCUAUUUUUAUUUAAAUCUGCCUUCCUUUGGUUUAUUAAAAACUCAAAAAAGAAUGGUUGUUUUGGAUAAUUGUCAACUAUCUGCCACUUAUUUAUGAAGUUUUUGCUAACCAAGAACACUAUAAAAUAGGAGUUCUAAAGGCACAUCUGCUCCCACAGUAUAUUGUAAUCUCUAUUAAAGCUCUUUGGGAUUAGCUUUCUUUUCCUGAAUGUGGGAGCUGCACUGAAGCAGAAAGCAGCUGGAGAGUCUGAGUCGUGCUGCUCUGGUCCCUGGAGCCCACACUGAGCUAUGAACUGAGCUGAGCGCCUGCUGCAGGUGUGACCCAGCCCAUCGUCCAUCGUAACCACGGGGGCUAGGACUUGGCUCUUGGGUAGAACCCUGAGCACCCUUCACAUUUUGGGGCAUUAGCAUCUCAGCAAGAUCUGUUAAGGUUUAAUUUGGCUUUGGGGAUGUUGAAUUAAUAUUUUUUGUCAGUUGAAAAAAGUAAUGAAAGCUGUAUUAGUAACUUUAUUAUUUCCUUUCAUGUUGCAUUAAAGAUUUGUUGUCCUUGGGAAAACACCAGAAUUAAAACAUUAGCAUUUGACAUAAUGGAAGGUAUUUUUACUAAAGAGUAAUCUGCUUGAAAUUUAAAAAAAGAAUAAGAACACAAAAAAAAUCCACAAUGUCUUUGCACAUCUGAUAGAGCACUUGAUUUGUGCAUUGGUCCAAGCAGUAAGUUGAAAGUAUGCUUUGACUGGUCCCUUUUGUGACCUGAGACUAAGGAGCGGGAGGCACAGGAUGUCAGGGUCUCUGUGUGGGGGGCAUCCCAUCACCCAGAUGCAUCUCCCCACCCUGUUGUGGCAGUUGUGACGUUGGCACCAUCACCAUCUUCCUAAUAUAUGACAGCCAAUCUUAGGGAGUGGCCUUCUGCUUGUUUGCUAGAUUCAUAUGUUAUUUUGAUCCAGCUCAGCAAUUUUGUCACAGAGGCAGCCAUCAGAAAAUGUACAACUGUCAUGCUCGUCACUGACAAAUAAAGAUGACCAUAGGGAUACUUCUUAUGAACUAUGUCAGAAGCUGAGAGAAGUCGCUCUUCAGACAUGUGCAGCUGAUGCUACUAUCUGUGCACAGUCGUGAUGCCCAGAGGCAAGCCUGUUCCCAGUGGACACCACACUCUGUUCUCAGGGUCAGGUGAAGCUCAGGAAAUAUUGGACAUGCCAACUUAAUCCUAUUACCCCAUUCAAAGAAAACUGUGUGACGGUGGGUUUUUUUUGAGUAUUUCAGACAUCCUAGAGCGCAUGAUAUAAUCUUUCUAAACAAACUAUCCUCCCACCCUCCAGAAAGUAAGUUCUUCAUCUUAAACAUUCAAUUGCAGGAUCUUUUCCAAAACAUUUUUAGCAAAUUUAAUCUUCCCUAAGUUAGCUUGAACAGAGAUAAUUUUGUAUCGUUUAUUUGUAAGAAGCAGUAGUUCUGCAAACUACUUUUUUUUUUUUUUAGUAAAUGCUAAUGUUUUUCAAGUUUGCAACCUAGAUUUGUUUUUGUUUUUCUGUGAUUGAAAGACAGAACUGAAUGUUAAAACUCCAUAAACUGACUGCACUCACAGUCCUGUGCUUUCUCGUGUGGCUUGACUCCAGAAUGCCUAUGUGCAGCGCUGUUGUGUGUGUGGGCGUGAGUCACAGCAUGUGUGCACCGAGGACCUCGGGGCUGUGUCACUUCCCAGUGGUGGCACAAUGGCCCUCGUGAUGCCCAGCAGGGUGCGGGUGCACAACGGUUCUGUCUUUCUCCUGGGCCCACCAAUCAGGUGCAGGGCCGGCUGGGGAGCAGAUGGUGUGGGGCUCUCUAUUCAGUGGGACCAGUUACAUCAGCACCUUUCUGCACUGUGGUUUGGGAAACCAUCCACACCAGAUAGCCAGCCUCGGUGUUUAUUGUCAGAGUCCUCUGCUGUCUCUGCCUUGGUCCAGUGCAGACUGUGCUUCUGCAGUUGUUUAAAAGUGAUGAGAGAUCUGGAGCGCGUGGGGCAGCCUGAUGGGAGUGCCUGCUGGCUUCCGGGUCCAGUUCCACUCACACCAUUGGGAGUUCUCAGGCUGUGCUGAUGUAACUUACCACUAAAUAACGCUUCUCAAUACCAAUUACUAACCACCUUCUUUUGGCUAUUCUGGGUACCACAAAUCAGUUUUUAAAACAGUACCAAAGUUGUGGAUUUGCUAUUUAUCUAUUAGCAGAUAGUAUACAACAGGAAACUAAAUAACGUCUUUGUGUAAUCAUAGGAGAAAACUGACAUAAAUUUGGUUUAGAACAAUAACAUUUUCUUCCCGAGAUUUCAAUGCAUAGAUACAUAGGUCUGCUUCAUAGAAUAGAGAUACCUGAGGCAAAACAUCUAAACAAAUGUGAGGAACUUUAAUUAAUUGGAAAUUUCAGUAGACUACAGUGUUUCACAUGCUCCCCGGAAGUUUUCUGCCACCUCUUGUCUCAGUGUAAUUAGAAAUUGUGUGGUUCCCAGAGUGAGCCAGCUCUGCUCCAGUGUUUCCUGGGAAACCUCUUUUCUUCUCUGAAGCUACUAACCAGGUGACUGAUCUGAGGGGAACUUUGCCUCACCAGAGGUGGUGGGAAC